ACUUAAAUUUUAAUUAUAUUUUUUAUUUAUAGGCUAAAUCACAUUUAAAUAUAAGCAAUAAAUGGAAUGAGAUUGUCCAAUGUUAUGGAUUAACACAAGAUCCAUCAAAUGGAAAUUAUAUGCUUGUAAUGAAUAAGUUGGGUAUAGAUUUAAGAAAAUAUUUACAACAAAAUCAUAAUCAACUUACAUGGAAAGAAAGAAUUCAAAUUAUCACUGAUAUAACUGUUGCACUUUAUAGAAUUCAUGAUGAAAAUGCAAUUCAUAGAGAUUUGCACUCUGGAAAUAUAUUAUCUAAUUUUGAUGCUGGAUUCAUUAUUAGUGAUCUUGGAUUUUGUGGACCUGCAGAUAAACCAUUAAAAAGUAUAUAUGGAAAUCUUCCUUAUGUAGCGCCUGAGGUUAUUAAUGGAAAAGAACAGACUUUUAAAUCUGAUAUUUAUAGUGUUGCAAUUCUUAUGUGGGAAGUUUCGUCAGGACAACCACCAUUUAUUAAUUAUGAACAUGGUUAUGAUCUUGCAAUGAAUAUUGUUAAUGGUAUAAGACCAAAAAUUGUACCAGGAACUCCUUUUGAAUAUAAAAAUUUAAUGAAACAAUGUUGGGAUGCUGAUCCAUUAAAAAGACCUGAUAUUCAUACAUUAUGGGAUAAAAUGAGUGAAAUUAAUUUAUUUUAUCAAAGUCAAUUGAAUGAUCAACUAGAAGAAAAUAAUAAUUUUGAAAUGGAAAAUUAUACUAACAGUAGCAAACUAUUUACAAGUAAACUUCAUCAAUUUGACAAUCUUCCUAAUCCAAGAAAUGCAACAGAAGAAGAACAAGAAGCAUUUCAUAGUAAUAAAUCAUAUGAUUUUCAUAUUCCUAAUAAUAUUGAUGAUUUUAAUAAAUUAAAUAGUAAGAAAAAUAGUACUUCAAAAAAUAAGUACUAUAUUUAAAGGUAAUUAAAUAUUAUAUUUAUUUUAAAAUAGUCAAAUGAAUGUAUAACUUAUAUUUAAGAUUAUUUAGAUAGCAGAAAUAAGUUAUCCAAUAUUGAUAUUUAAAAGAAGAUCAAAAAAUGAUGAUUACAAAGUUGAAUCAAUGCGAAAACGAAUAAAGAAACUUCAUAUUAAUGAUAAUGGUAUGAUAAAAUGAUUAUUUAAGUUCUUAAAAUAAUAAUUCUAUAGUAUUUUUUUUAAUUUAUAAUUUUAAUUUAUA